GAUGGCACCGACUACUCGUACUUCAUACAAGCUCAGCUGGGUUCUGCAGGAACACCAAUGUACAUGCUCAUCGAUACGGGAGCCAGUACUACGUGGGUCAUGGGGACGGGUUGCACAUCCGACGCUUGUACCAAGCACAGCACCUACGGGCCGGGGGACUCCAAGACCCUAAAGGACACAGGCAAAUCUUUCUCGGUUGAGUAUGGAUCGGGCGACGUCAGUGGGCAUUAUGUCGACGAUACGAUGGCUGUGGCUGGCCUGAGCGUGCCAUACGAGUUCGGGUUGGCCAACGUGACCUCGUCCCAGUUCUCCUCGUUCCCUUUCGACGGCAUUUUGGGUUUGGCUAGAAACAGCGGGAACUUCAAUGACGCCCUAAAGCAGGCCAAGGUGAUCGAUGCCAACAUCUUUGCUGUUUCGCUUUCCAGGACCGCCGACGGUGCGAAUGAUGGCGAGAUCAGCUUUGGUGCAAUAGACACUUCCAAAUACACAGGCGACAUAACUUACACCUCGACCACCGAUGAUGUCAGCUGGUCGAUUGCCAUGGACGACGUUUCUGCUGGCGGGGAAUCCGCAGGUGUCAAAGGCAGAGAAGCCUACAUUGAUACCGGUACAACCUAUGCCUUUGCACCACCUGAUGAUGUCAAGGCCAUGUAUGCGCUUAUCCCGGACUCGAAGAGUAGUGAUGGUGUCACAUGGACCAUCCCCUGCGAUUCCACUGCUAAAAUUGCCUUCACGUUCUCAGGGGCAACCUAUUCCGUCAAUGCGAAGGACUUUAUCGGCGCGUCUACAAGUAACAACCGGUGUAUUGGCAAUAUUUUUGGCAUGGAAGUCGUUUCUGGAUCUUGGCUACUGGGUGACGUGUUCCUCAAAAAUGUCUACUCCGUUUUUGACAUUGACGGCAAACGCAUUGGU